CUAGGCGGGAGCUAAAUUUUAAAUUUAAAAAUUAAUUUACGGGCGUUGUUUCUAACGGUCGCUAGUGUUGACAAACAUUCAAACUAAGAAUACGAGUACCGGUUAUCAUGCAACACUGUAAUAGACAGCUGUUUCCAGUAAACAAACGAAGUUCCACUCUCUUCUCUUCUAUAUUUAAGCGAUGUCGAGCAACAUGCUAGUUUAGUCGUCGCUCAGCCGUUUGUGUUCUGUUACUGAAUCAGAUAGUAUUAUUGAGACGUUUGAAAUGCCGGAGGGUUACACGAAAGCCACUGCCUGGCUGCAAAUCCACAGCCUGCUGAAUAGCAUCAACCACAUGCUCAUCUUUCUGGUGGCCGUCUUCUUUUUCAUCCUGGCGCGCAGUCUGGAGUUCAAGGAUACCGCCAUGCAUAUGUUUAUGACUGGCACUGGAUUCCACGUCCUUAUCGCCCAGGCCAUGAUGUCACAUUCGAAAGUGAACCCGCUCACCCGUUGGCUGUCGCACCGAAACAAGUCGCGCUUCCACGCCAUCCUGCAGAUUGUGGGUGGCUCCAUGGUGCUGUUGGGCUCCCUGGGCAAAUUUUCCAGCAAGGAGGUGCACUUCAACACCUGGCACGGCCGAGUGGGCGGAGCUGCUUCAUUUUUCUGCGCGGCCAGCAUUGUGGGUGGUUUCGUCAACUACUUCCAGCCCAAGCUCGCCCUGAAAGUGAUGCCUCCAUCGGAGCUUCGCUUCCGCCAUAAUCUAUUUGGCUUGGUCACCUUUACUCUGGGAAUGGGCGCCAUUUACCUGGGCUACUACUCGAAAUUCUUUACCAAGUAUGUGGACACUGACUUUAUUCCCGGCAUGAUGCUGAUCACCGGCAUUGUUUAUGGACUCACCAUUAUCGCGCCGGUGUCAUCGCUCCUAACUAAGCUUAAGUAUCGGUCCAAGAGGAAGGCGGAGCAGGCCCAGUAAGUGAUACUGGGGAGGAUGAGGCUGAGGCCACCGAGGCUAACCGAAAUUUGUCAGCAUGAAAAUAAAUAGCUUGGCAUUUGGCCAAAUUGAAA